GGCAACAAGAAAUUUUUUUGGAAGGGAGAAAAGAGCCAUGGUCCAUUUCGUGGAGAGGGAGGGGAUCGAGGGCCGGAUCUUCCUCGUCACCGGCGGCGCUGGCUUCGUCGGAUCGGCAAUCUGCCUGGAGCUCGUCACUCGCGGCGCUUCCGAGGUGCGAUCGCUGGACGUGAGCAAGGCAUCGCGAAAUCUCCCGGCGCUCAAGGCCAAUGGCGUGAAAUGCAUCACAGGUGAUGUCCGGCGGAAAGAAGCGGUAGAGAACGCGAUCAAGGGCGCGCACUGUGUGUUCCAUGUGGCAUCGUUUGGGAGCUUGGGCAAGCAGACGCUCCAGGCCGGGAGGAUCGAUCAGACCAACUUGGAUGGAACUUGCAACGUCAUCGAUGCCUGUGUCAAGCACGGCGUGGAGAGGCUCGUGUACACGAGCACCAACAAUGUUAUCUUUGGAGGACAGCCUAUCAUCAAUGGAAACGAGGCCAUGUCCUACUUCUCGAUCGAGCAUCACUGUGAUCCUUACGGCCGGAGCAAGGCACUGGCGGAGCAACUAGUGCUACGAAGCAACAACAGGCCUUCCAAAAAAGCAAGCCGCAAGCUCUACACUUGCGCUAUUCGAUCGCCUAUAGUCUACGGACCCGGAGAAACACUCCAUCUCUCAAGAGUCCUCAGCACUGCCAAGCUCGGGCUUUUCUUUUCCAGAAUCGGUGAGAGCAAUGCCAGAACCGACUUUAUCUACGUCGACAAUCUCGUGAAUGCGCAUCUACUGGCUAGCAUGGCGCUCCUCGAUGAUGUUCCUGGAACUGGAGGCGUUCCCACGGCAGCAGGAAAAGCUUACUUCGUCUCAGAUGACGCGCCAACGAACUACUUCGAAUUCGUCCGUCCUCUCGUGGAAGGCUUGAACUACAAAUUUCCACAGAGGGAGCUGAGCGUGUCGGCUGCUUUGAGAUUCUCAUGGUUUUUCUGGGGACUCUAUGGAUUGCUAUAUCCAUGGUUGGAGAGAUCGUGGAUUCCAGAUCCACUCUUACUUCCUUCCGAGGUCCACAAGGUUGGAAUCACACACUACUUUUCCUCUCUACGAGCACGCCAGGAGCUUGGCUACGUCCCGCUCAUCGAUCAGAAGGAAGGUCUGGAGCGAACGCUUGCCUACUUGAAAGAGAAGAAGCACAGAGAGCUCGAAACGCCAACUUUCGGCUGGUGGAUCGGCAUCUUGGCGGCUAUGUUUGCUUUGUUUUGCUCGGCCUUCGUGCCUGACCCCUUCAUGGGACCAUUCGAGUGCGUGCGGAGCCUGGGAGUCCUCCUCCACGGCUCGAUCCGGAACCUCAAGCUGGUGUUCCUCACCGCGUGCCUCGCUCACGCCGCGGAAGCUAGCUACGCCUGGAAGCUCGCAAAGUCUGUGGAUCCCGAGAACGCGAAGGGAUGGUUCUGGCAGACGCUAGCGCUCGGCUUCCCGUCCCUCAGGCUGUUGCUCGCGAGAUCCAAGCGGAAGAAUGCGUGAAGAGAUGGUAGAAAGAAGCUCCCUGGGAAGAGAUGGAUCGAAAGAAGUUCUCUGGUGAGAGAUGGAUAGAAAGAAGUUUCCUGUGAAGAGUGGAGUUCCCAGGAAGUUUUCGAGAGAAGUAAAAUCUUUGUUUAGAGCAGCUUGGCGAAUCAAGAAGAAUGUUAUGGUGGAAA